GGCAUGAAUAUUUCAUCUCUGAGAAAGACGAGCGCGUGCGGCCGAUCUCCCGCGGGCCACGCGACCGAGACGACGAUGGAGGCUCGGUAGGAGCCCGCCGCCCGCACCUCGCGCCUCCCGCCUCCCGGUCGGCCAGGAUGACGGCGGCGCCCGCCGACGAGAGCGGCGGCUCGCCGGGUCACCCGCGGGACGACGAGCGCGGCGAGCGCGUGGUCAUCAACGUGUCGGGGCUUCGCUUCGAGACGCAGCUGAAGACCUUGGCCCACUUCCCCGACACCCUCCUGGGCGACCCCAAGAAGAGGAUGCGCUACUUCGACCCGCUGCGCAACGAGUACUUCCUGGACCGCAACCGGCCCAGCUUCGACGCCAUCCUCUACUACUACCAGUCGGGCGGCCGGCUGAGGCGGCCCGUCAACGUCCCGCUGGACAUGUUCUCGGAGGAGAUCAAGUUUUACCAACUGGGCGCCGAGGCCGUGGAGAAGUUCCGCGAGGACGAGGGCUUCAUCCGCGAGGAGGAGCGCCCGCUGCCGGACGAGGACUUCCGGCGCCAGGUCUGGCUCCUCUUUGAGCACCCGGAGAGCUCGGGCCCGGCGCGGGGCAUCGCCAUCGUGUCGGUGGCGGUCAUCCUCAUCUCCAUCGUCAUCUUCUGCCUGGAGACGCUGCCCGAGCUGAAGGAGGAGGCCGGCGAGAGGCGGCGGACGCCGGCCAACGGCACGGCCGCCCGCCGCGCCGACGUCCUGGCCGACCCGUUCUUUGCGGCGGAGACGCUGUGCGUCGUCUGGUUCUCCUUCGAGCUCCUGGUGCGCUUCUUGGCGUGUCCCAGCAAGACGGCCUUCUUCCGAAACAUGAUGAACUCCAUCGACGUGGUUUCCGUCAUCCCGUACUUCAUCACGCUGGGGACCGAGCCGGCGGACGACCCGGACGGCGGCGGCGGAGAGCAGGCCACGUCGCUGGCCAUCCUGCGCGUCAUCCGGCUGGUGCGCGUCUUCCGCAUCUUCAAGCUGUCGCGCCACUCCAAAGGUCUGCAGAUCCUGGGCCAGACGCUCAAGGCCAGCAUGCGCGAGCUGGGCCUGCUCAUCUUCUUCCUCUUCAUCGGCGUCAUCCUCUUCUCCAGCGCCGUCUACUUCGCCGAGGCCGACGAGAAGGAGUCGUACUUCACCAGCAUCCCCGACGCCUUCUGGUGGGCCGUGGUGUCCAUGACCACGGUGGGCUACGGCGACAUGUACCCGAUCACCGUCGGCGGCAAGAUCGUGGGCUCGCUGUGCGCCAUCGCCGGCGUGCUGACCAUCGCGCUGCCCGUGCCCGUCAUCGUCUCCAACUUCAACUACUUCUACCACCGCCAGACGGACGGCGAGGAGCAGGCGCAGCUGCUCCGGGUCAGCCGGCAGAAUUUGGCGCCCGGGAGCCACCACGAAGACGACGACGACGACGACGCGGACGCCUUCCGCGAGGCCGACCUUCGGAGCGCCAACUGCACGGCGGCCGCGUCGCCGCCGCCCGGACGCUGACGGACGUGCGAGGCCCCGCGCCCGACGUGCCGGUUUUUGCUCCGUCUGGAAGGUUCUGGAAGUUGCGCGGCUGCUGUUGUGGCGCCAACUCGGGAGGCUGGGAAAACUCUUUCCGAGACCCAAAAAAAGACAAAAGCUUUCUCUCUAAUUCAUUGGGGGAAAAUUUUUUUUUUUUUUUUCCUGAGAAGUUGGACAAUUUGACAAAAGAAUGACGUGGUUUAAAAAUGAUUUGACCAAUAUUAGAAAUAUCCAAGAAUAAAAGAAAUCAAAUAGAUUUGCUCAUGUAUUCAAGCACAAACAGGUUCAAUGCUGUAUUUUUCUAUUUCAUUUUCAAGAAAUCCUCAAUGUGUAACAAAUAGGUCAUAAAAAAGGAACACACAAGGUUUGCCAAUAUUUUGGGGUUUGGAAAGAUUGAAAUCGAUUUAGGAUGCAAAAUUGUCAAAUGUGCAAAUGAGAUUUUAUUUUUCUAAUAUUUUGACAAUUCACAAUGAAGCCAGCCAAUAUUUUGAGCCGAAUGAGUCAAGCGUAAAUAAAGAUGGACUCCUUUUGAUGGA